AUGCCCACAAAAGAGAAAAAACACACCAGUUUGGAGGAAACCGAAGAGCCAGGUGACGAAGUGAAAGAGAAGGAGACGAAGGCGAAAGGAAAGAGCAAGGCGGCUACCCACACCUCAGACGGGGAGACGGACAGGGGCACGAGCAAGAGCCACCCGGAGAAAAAGAAAAAGAAGGGCGAGGAGAAGAAAAAGGACAAGACUGCCGAGGAGGACGAGGGGAGCGAGGGCGUGAAAGAGGAGAAAAAGAAAAAGAAGAAAAGCGCCGGCACAGGGGAAAAAGAAAAGGAGAAAAUGGGCUCCAAGGACAAAAAGAAAAAGAAGAAGGCCUCGGAGGAUGAGCCCGCCGAAGAACUUAUCAACUACCAGACAGAGUCCUCCGAUGACUACGAGGAUGAGUACUAUCGCAAGAAAGUGUAUGAGGUGGUGACAGUGACAGGUGAUGUGAAAGGAGCAGGGACUGAUGCUAACGUCUUUGUCACCCUCUUUGGAGAAUGGGGCGUCACUCCCAAAGUUCACCUGGCCAGCAAAAAUCGAACGGCAUUCGAGAAAAAUAAAACCGAUGUAUUUCGAAUAAAGACACACAAUGUGGGGACAAUACAGAAGCUAAGAAUUGAGCAUGACAACACAGGCAUGAACGCGGGCUGGUUCCUGGACCGUGUGGUGUUGACGGACAUGAGUCGGCCACACAUGCGCUUCUUCUUCUCCUGCCAGAACUGGCUGAGCCGGGAGGACGGAGACGGACUCACCUACCGAGACCUGCUGGGCAGCCUCAACCCUAUGGACGUGCCCAAACUGAACAAAUACAUGUUGAGUGUAUUUACAGCAGAUGUUAAGGGCAGUGGAACAGACGCUGAUGUGUUUCUUAACAUCUUUGGAGCGAAAGGCGACACAGGUGAUCGUAGGCUGGAUAGCAAAGAUAAAGAUAACUUUGAGAGGGCAGCUGAAGACAAGUUCAUUCUUGAGGCUCCAAAUCUGGGUCGUAUUCAGAAGAUCACCAUAGGGCACAACAACAAGGGCGGCUCAGCUGGGUGGUGCCUUGAUAAGGUGGUGAUAGAUGACAUAGGAAAUAAAGAGGUGUAUGAGUUCCCUUUCGACAACGCCUGGUUUUCCCUCGACGACGGCGAUGGCAAAAUACAGCGGGACGCACUGGUGGCAGCAACAGGCCAAUCGACCGUCAUCUACAACGUGCAGGUGAUGACAGGUGACGUUCGUGGGGCAGGGACCAACUCCAAAAUCCACCUGGUGAUGUACGGGAAGAAGGGACUGACUAACAGCGGCAAAGUGUUCCUGGAGGGGGGCACGUUUGAGCGCGCUCAGAUCGACAUCUUCAACGUGGACAUCUGCACGCUGCUCAGCCCCCUCAGCAGGGUGACCAUCGGACACGACAACGUCGGGGUCAGCUGUGGCUGGCACUGCGAAAAGGUGACGGUGUACUGUCCCUUCACUGGGAUAGAGCAGGUGUUUCCUUGCAGUAAAUGGCUGGAUGAAGAUGAGGGGGACGGCAUGGUGGAGAGAGAGCUUUAUGAGAUGGUCUCCCUCAGACAGAAAAGACAGAAGAAGUACCCAUGGUCGCUAUGGGUCUGGACGUCGGAUGUGAAGGGUUCAGGCACGGAUGCCCAGGUGUUUGUGCAGGUCUACGGGGAGAAGGGCAAGAGUGAUGAGUUCAAGCUCCAGAACAAGUCAGACAACUUUGAACAGGCACAAGUCGACAAAUUCAUGGUGGAGAUGCCCGACAUUGGAAAAGUGAGAAAGCUCCGAAUCUGGCAUGAGAAAAGAAACCCCUUCUCAGGCUGGCACCUCAACAGGGUAACACUGAUGAACACACUAACUAAAGAGAAGUACAAGUUUGCCUGUGGCCGUUGGCUGGACAUCAACGAGGAUGAUCAGGAAAUCAUCAGAGAGCUGCCGGCAACAGGGCCCCUUAUUCCAGAGCCAUUGCCACUCAUCAAGUACCGCGUGACCAUCUGCACGGGGAACGUGAGUGGGAGCGGUACGGACGCCAGCGUGUACAUGACUCUGUUCGGAGACCUGGGUGACACGGGCGAGAGACUCAUGUUCCAGAGCCAGAACAACGUCAACAAGUUUGAGAAAGCCAACGCGGACGAGUUUUUGGUUGAAGCGGUGACGCUAGGCCAGGUUCGGCGGGUCCGGGUCGGCCAUGACGGUAGAGGCGGAGGCUGCGGUUGGUUCGUGGAUAAAGUGUUGAUCCGUGAGGAGGGCCAACCAGAGGCGUCCGCUGUGGACUUCCCCUGUUACAGAUGGUUAGAUCGUAAUGAGGACGAUGGACAGAUUGUGAGAGAGCUGGUCCCCACGGGAGAUGGGCAGCGUCUAUACAACGUGAGCUACCACAUUGCCAUCAGGACAGGCAGUAUAAACGGAGCCAGCUCUGACUCCAAGGUGUUUGUGAAGCUCUACGGGGAGAAGGGAGACACAAUUAAAGCUCUGCUGCUCGUGUCUGAUAACGACCUGGGGAACUACUUUGAGACGGGACAGGUGGACACCUUUACACUGGAGACGUACGACAUUGGGAAGAUAAACCGCAUGCUGAUAGGCCACACGAAUGAGGGGCUGAAGGCUGGCUGGUUUCUUGACAGCGUGCUGAUCAGUGUUCCAGUUCAUGGCCAGCAGUACAUGUUCCCAUCACACAGGUGGCUCUGCAGAGAUGAGGCAGAUGGAAAGGUGGAGGUGGAGAUCUAUCCCAGCGAAGUAGUUGAAAUCGAGAAAUUGAUUAACUAUGAGGUGACAGUGGUGACAGGAAAGGUGUUUGCAGCUGGGACGAACGCACGUGUCUUUCUGCAGAUCUAUGGCAUGGAAGGCAAAACGGAACUGCUCAGACUUGAGAACAGGUCAAACAAUUUUGAAAAAGGAACUACAGAGCUAUUUAAGAUCGAGGCUCUGGACGUAGGGCGGGUCUAUAAGAUCCGUAUUGGGCAUGAUGGCUCGGGCGUGGCCGACGGCUGGUUCCUGGACACCGUCCACGUCAAGCGACUCAUCAUGGCGCUCGUGCCAAAGGAGGAGAAGAAGGAGGACAAGAAGAACGACGGAGAGAUCGUGGUGGAGCUGCGGGCAGAUGACUACGAUGAGCUUGAGGAGAAUACAUAUGAAGUGCAUGUGUUUACGGGGACUUCUUGGGGUGCUGGAACCGAUGCCAAAGUUUUUAUCAACAUCUACGGGGAGAGCGGAGACACAGGAGAAAGACACCUACGCAAGUCCAACCACCUCAACAAGUUUGAGCGUAACCAGGAGGAUAUGUUCACGGUCAGUGCUAUUGACCUCGGGCCACUAAAGAAGCUGCGCAUUCGUCAUGACAACAGCAACGCAAAUGCUGCUUGGUUCCUUGAUCGUGUUGAAAUCAUUGAUGCAAAGGAUGAGACAACGUAUUACUUUCCCUGCAUGAGAUGGCUGGCCGUAGAUGAGGAUGACGGUCAGAUUGCUCGUGAGCUGGUGCCAGUGGACGAGGCCUUCAUGCACAGAGAGGAGGAGGAGGAUGAAGACGAGGAGGGGGGAGGCUCUUCUCCUACUCUGGGCCUCGAGCAGAAAGCCAUGUCUACCACAUUUACUCUGAGAGUGAAGACAGGUGAGAAAAAGUAUGCAGGGACCGAUGCUAAUGUCUACGCUAUCCUGUACGGCACCAAAGAUGACACAGGGAUAAUCAACCUGAAGGCCUCAAAGACCCAUAAGAAUAAGUUUGAGGCAGGGAUGAUGGAUGAGUUCACAGUGGAGGCAGUGGACUUGGGUAAACUGAAGCGGCUUCGUAUUGGUCACGACAACUCAGGUGGCUCUCCAGGCUGGUUUCUGGACUGGGUUGAGAUCGACGCCCCGUCGCUGGGGGAACGAUUGGUCUUCCCAUGUGGCCUCUGGCUGGACCGUGGGGAGGAGGAUGGGGCCAUUCAGCGAGAUCUCUACCCAGCCCACCUCCAGACACAACACUACACACCAUUUGUUCCGUACGAGAUCAAGGUUUUCACUACGGACAUCUUUGCGGCGGGGACAGAUGCAGAUGUGUUUAUUGUGCUGUAUGGUCGUGAUGGCGUGUGCACUACCCAGAAGCCUCUCUGUGUCAACAAGAGAGAGAGGAAAAUGUACUUCAAACGAGGCGCAGAGGACAUGUUCAUCGUAGAGUUGGAGGAUAUUGGUGAUAUUAUAGAGAAGAUUCGUGUUGGCCAUGACAACCGUGGAGUGAAUCCAGGCUGGCACCUGGAUCGGAUUGAGAUCAGACGACUGCUGAGGAAGGGAAAGGGGUCAGAGACGGUGAUAUUUCCAUGUGAGAGAUGGCUGGCCACCUCAGAGGAGGAUGGGGAAACGAUCUGUGAGCUUGUGCCCUCUGAUAUCAUCACAGAGAAACUCGCACGCGACGGAACUCUGAAAGUCUCCGAGAUCGAGGUGGACGACGCCCUAGAGAUUCACACCUACAAAGUUGUCGUGAGAACGGGUGACAUGUACGGGGCAGGGACGGACGCAAGUGUGUUCAUCACCAUCUAUGGAGACCUGGGGGACACAGGGGAGAGGCAGCUCAGCACAUCUGCCACCAACAGCAACAAGUUUGAGAGAGGAGCGGUGGAUGAGUUCAACUUAGAGGCUGUAGACCUUGGACAGGUGUUCAAGAUCCGUGUUCGUCAUGACAACAGCUUCCUGAGUCCUGAUUGGUACUUGGAGGAGGUGGAAGUGUUGGACCUGGACACAGAGGAGGAUUUCCUCUUCCUGUGUGAACGCUGGCUGUCCACGAAGAGAGAGGACAUGAGAAUCUGCCGAGUGUUCUACGUCAAGGUGGAUGACAGUGGCUUAAGAGGACUGGACAGCAACAUGAACCAGAGGGACAAAGACAGCAGAGACGAGGAGGACAGUUCAUUGAUCCCCUAUCACUUCACCGUGACGACGGGUGAUGAGGGGGAUGCGGGGACCACCAGCCGAGCGUACGUCAUCAUCCACGGACGCGAGGGAGCCACCGACCGCAUGUGGCUGGAUAUGCCUGAAGAACAAAGCUGCUUCGUGCCCACAGCUCUUGACAGCUUCCAUUGCCAAGGCAAAGACGUAGGAGAUAUCAAAAGAGUGGAGCUGGGUCAUGAUGGAGAAACUCCCGAGAGCUGCUGGCUGGUGCAUGAGUUGUCAGUUGCCGUGCCAACGAAAGGAGUGAAGUUUGUGUUCCAGUGUAAGUGCUGGUUGGCCAAAGACCGUGGUGACGGUCUCACUGCACGAGUGCUCAACGUCAUGGAUGCUAUUAUCAUCUCCAUUGCACAAAAGAUCAUCUAUGAGAUAACUGUGGUUACAGGUGAUGUACAAAAUGCAGGAACAGACACACAAAUUUACUUGACUGUAUUUGGGGCCAAUGGAAGCUCAGAGGAGAUGCUGCUGCCAAAGAAUGAGGACAGAUUUGAGCGUGGACAGGAGGACACGUUCAGUCUCGAGGUUGAAGACAUUGCACCGCUGAAAAAGAUGCGGGUCCGAGUGGACGGCUCUGGCAGCCGACCCGACUGGUUCCUGGAGAGGAUUGCCCUGCGUAAUGUACAGACUGAUGAAGUGGCGGAGUUUACGUACUCAGAGUGGCUGUCGACCACCCUUGGCACCAAAAAGACAUUGAGCGGUGAGAUGCCUGCUGUCAUAGACGAGGAGGAAAUGGUGGAGCUGACCAACUACAUUAUAAAUGUCAAGACAGGCGACCCCAUGGGUGCAGGGACGGAUGCCAAUGUGUGGUUAAUGGUCUUCGGUGAGAAUGGGGACACCGGAGUGCUGGCGCUCAAACACUCCAACAACAACAACAAGUUUGAACGCAAGCAGAUGGACACCUUCAGAUUCCCAGACAUGCUCAGCUUGGGCGACCUUUCCAAAGUUCGGCUAUGGCACGACAAUGCAGGCCCAGCUGCUGGUUGGUAUGUUGACUAUGUGGAUGUACGAGAUGACGUCCUGGACAAAACGUUCCGUUUCCCGUGCAACCGGUGGCUCGCCAAGAAUGAGGAUGACGGACAGCUGAUGAGAGAGUUGGGCUGCGCUAACAACGACAUACUCGACCUAAAUGAGAAAACCAAGUAUGAAAUCGUCACGGUAACCGCAGAUACAGAUGAGGGAGAGACGCGAGAGAACGUGUGGAUGAUCCUGGAGGGAAGGAAGGGACGUUCCAAAGAGCUUGUUCUAGAAAAUUCAGGGAAGAAAAAGCGAUUUCUACGCGGGAGCACAGACCGAUUUGAGUUCUCCUCGAAGGUUGUGGGUGACAUUGCGGGUAUCUGUGUUGGCCACAUACCUAAAGAUGGGAAGAAGACCAAAACGGAAGCCUUUUGGCAUGUUUUGGAAGUCAUUAUCACAGAGAAAGAGCUCGGAAACAAGUACUUAUUCAACUGUAACGCUCAGAUUCCCCUCUCCUCCAAACGUGACGACCCUGUGACGUUCGAGUGCAGCAAGAUCGUGGAGAGCUUUGCCUCCAAGGCCCGCAGCCUGCGCCCAGUGAGGUACGAGAUCAUCGUGGUCACGGGCGACGAGAAAGGGGCGGGCACCGACGCCAACGUCUUCAUCACGCUCUUCGGCACCAACGGGGACUCGGGCCGGCGGGCCUUGCGGCAGCGCCUGCGGAACCUGUUUGAGCGCGACCGCACCGAGCGCUUCACGCUGGAGAUGCUGGACAUGGGCGACCUGACGCACGUGAUCAUGGAGCACGACAGCAAGGGCAUCAACCCCAGCUGGCUGCUGGAGCGCGUGGAGGUCACCAACACCUCCAACGGCGUCACCACCAUCUUCCUGUGCGGGAUGUGGCUGGACAAGAAUCGGGCGGAUGGACAGACGCGGCGCGUGAUCUACCCCAAAUACUGA